AAUUGUCGUUAGGAAGACCUGUCAAUUAUCUUUCUUGGCAGGUUGAUGAAGCUACUUCUAGAUAAAGAGGUUUUAGCUGAGCUCUCUGAGGGGGGAGUCAGCAUGGUUGCUUGAUGUUAGCCACCUCAGGCCUAUCAGGUAAUGAUCAUGAUACAAAUUAAUAAUACUUGGUUAAUAUUAUAUGGUUAUGUUAUAGUGAUUUUAUAUAUUAUAAUAUAUGUCCCCUAUGGAUUGGUGCUUUUUAUUGCUCCAUGUGCUGUCUCUAGAUUGUGCUGCCAGUGCGUAAUGCCCUUCUCCCUCCCCUGUAAUAAACUGUGCAUAGGGUUGCACUGAUUUGAUUGCUGGCACAGUUAAAGCCUUUAUGCUGCAGGACGGGAGCGGAAGAUAAAGGAUGCAAACACCACUUCACUAACGGCUUGCUAAAAUAGACAAAUAUAUCUGUGGAGCACAGCCAAUUAAGGGAAGGAAAGAGGAUGCUGGGCCCAGCCCUUUUGUUUCUGCUCCAGUGAUUUAUUGACAGUAAUCACUCAGGCACUUAAUGGUUGGUUUUUCAGUGGAAUUAAUUCCAAUCUGGAUAAAUAAUUCAGUAAGGUUUAUCUAAGCGCAUGCAAGUCAUCAGCCCCAGACCGGCAGUGGGAGUGGUCAGGAAAGUGUGUCUGCUGGUGAACUAGGCUAGUGAGAUAUUUCUGGUGCUGGGGCUGGACCCACAACGAUGAGAGGUCAGCCCAGGACUAAGCAUGCUGAGUCCUAAGAUAAAACAAACCAGGAGAGCCAGGUCUAAGAGCAUGGUGAUGGGGGAGAUGUCCAGGAGCUCCAACCGGCCCGCUUCCCCGGGUUUGCAGGAGCGUGCUGUGAAAGCAGGGUGGCUGAAGAAACAGAGAAGUAUCAUGAAAAACUGGCAGCUGCGAUGGUUUGUGCUCAGGACAGAUCAGCUCUACUUCUACAAAGACAAGGAAGAAACUAAACCACAGGGCUGUAUUCCACUUCAGGGAAGUCAAGUGAAUGAACUGUCAGCCAAUCCAGAGGAGCCAGGCAAACAUCUCUUUGAAAUUGUUCCAGGUGGUGCAGGAGAGCGGGACAGAGCAGCCGUCAAUCAUGAAGCUGUUCUCCUCAUGGCCAACUCCCAGAAUGACAUGGAAGAUUGGGUGAAAGCAGUCCGACGCGUCAUUUGGGCUCCAUUUGGAGGAGGAAUAUUUGGUCAACGAUUGGAAGACACUGUACAGUAUGAAAAGAAGUUCGGACAGCGACUGGCUCCAUUGAUGGUAGAACAGUGCGUAGAUUUCAUUCGAGAGAGAGGAUUGGAUGAAGAGGGAUUAUUCCGAAUGCCCGGCCAGGCAAACUUAGUAAAAGAAUUGCAGGAUGCCUUUGAUUGUGGAGACAAGCCUCUUUUUGACAGUAACACUGACGUCCACACAGUCGCGUCCCUGCUAAAGUUAUAUCUUCGAGAGCUGCCAGAGCCUGUUAUUCCCUUUGCCAAGUAUGAAGACUUUCUCUCCUGUGCACAGCUGUUAGCCAGGGAUGAGGUGGAGGGUAUUCAGGAGCUGGUAAACCAAGUGAAAAAUCUUCCUCAGGCCAAUUACAACCUUCUGAAGUAUAUUUGCAAAUUCCUUGACGAAGUCCAGUCCCACUCAAAUGAAAAUAAAAUGAGUGUGCAGAACCUUGCCACAGUUUUUGGGCCAAAUAUUCUACGACCUAAAUUUGAAGACCCAGUGACCAUAAUGGAAGGAACCUCACUUGUGCAGCAUCUUAUGACAGUGCUUAUUAGCGAACAUGAACGACUUCUCAUCAGUACAGAAACAGAAGCCACUGUCGCCCAGCAAGAAGGAAGACCCCUGUUUCAACGCAACAUGGUUGAGUGGAUUUCUGAAGAAGACCUACAGGGAAGCCACUCAAAGAACAAAAGCGUGAAUCAACCUGAUGAUCUCUGCAGCAGCGCCACUUCACUGGACGUUAACAUCAGCACCCCAAUGAUGCUGUCCAAAGUUGCAUCUCAGGGAAAGGGAGAUGCAAAAAGCCAAGCAGAAACCAGUCCCAGUAAGCAGAUAAAGUCCCUUCCAACCUGGAAAUAUUCCUUUAAAAGUUCAGGGGGGAGAUCCAGCAGUGUUAAAUUAGGUGGCUCCUCAGUGGAUAUUCCAAAUUUAUCAUCUAGUGGAAAUUGGCUAAUUAGUGGACUUUCAUCCCUCCGUGGCCAUAGAAGGACUUCAUCGGGAGACCGGCUUAAAGACUCAGGCUCCCCCCAAAGACUGUCAACAUACGACAACGUUACUGCAUCCAGCCUGAGCGUACCGAGUGUAGCCAGCACAACGUGGUCCACUUCUUCUUGUGAGAUUUCUGUUCCAGACUCUGUCAGUAGCUGCCCUGCCUGCAAUGCAAGUGACUCUUCAGGGCAGAUCUGUGGCAAAGUGGAAUGGUCUACACAGGCCUCUCAAGGGCAGAGUGACAUCAAAACCUCUGAGUUGGAGAACAGUAGCGAGGGGUUGGAAGUUUGCAUUAGCAGCAUGAGCUGCAGUGAACACAGUAACAUGGUGACUGCAUCAAAUGACUCUGUCAGCUGUUCAAAAGCACUGACAAGCCUGGUUACAGAGCUCAGAGAGGAGCUAGGGAACCAAAAAGUGGAAUAUGAGACCAGGAUAAGAAGACUUGAAGAAUCAAGUGCAGAGCUGCACGAGGAAGUCAAUAGACUGGAGGAGGAACUGGACCAAGAAAAAAAGAAAUAUGCAAUGCUUGAAAUAAAACUUCGAAACUCAGACAGGGCUCGAGACGAUGCAGAGAGAAGAAACCAACUCUUGCAAAAAGAAAUGGAAGAGUUUUUUGCCACACUCGGUGAUCUAACUCUUGGAACCAGGACAACAAACAUAUAAUCUCAAAUCUCAGACUCCUUGGAACAUGAAAUUGAAUUGAUUUCCAUUGUGAACUGUGUAUUUAUAGAAUUCUGUACUCGUGUAUCAUGAGUAUUCUGAAGUAAUUCCUUGCAGUCAAUGACUUAUUGCAGUAACUUACCUUCUGGUUUACAUAUGCUUUAUAUA